AUCUCGCGCUUAAGGAUGGUGGUUCGCGCGCGGAGCAACGGGACAGGCGGCGUUCGAGCUCGCCGCCGGGAGGAGGUGUACGGGAAGCUUCGGGAUGCGGGCUGUUGUGCGGUCCUCGCGAGGAUGCGGUCGAGUCAACCAACCAAAGACGAUAUUCAAGACACGACACUCAUCCCAAAUGACUGGCUGAGAAAAGGAGGAGGGCGAGCCGCGGAGUCCUUUCUUUCACUCCUCCACAUUUUUUACAGCCUACGUACGUGCACGCCCUCCCUCCCUCCACCGUCUCAUCUUCUCACCUGGCCAACCGGCAGCCACGGCGACAUGGCCGUCCUUCCUUCCAGGCUGCUCACGGCCGCCACCACCGGCCUCAGCUUCUCCACCCCUGUCUGUACUACUCCUAGCAGGCAGCACAGAGUCGCCGGCGGUGGCAGGCUCGUGUUCUCUUCGAUUUCCUGCCGUGCGGCGGCGGCAGGGGGGCCGAUCACCAUCACUGGUGACCCGCCCACCUUCGUGUCCGCGCCCGGCCGCCGCAUUGUCGCCGUCGGCGACCUCCAUGGUGAUCUGCACCAGACGAGAGCUGCCCUGGUGAUGGCCGGUGUCCUUAGCCCGGAAUCAGAUACUCACGUAUGGACAGGCGGGCAGACGAUUCUGGUUCAAGUUGGGGACAUCCUUGACCGUGGCGAAGAUGAGAUCGCGAUUCUGUCCCUAUUGAGUUCUCUAAAUGUGCAAGCGAAGUCUCAAGGCGGUGCAGUGUUUCAGGUUAACGGAAACCAUGAAACCAUGAAUGUGGAAGGCGAUUUCCGGUACGUCGACCCAGGAUCAUUUGACGAGUGUAUACGCUACCUAGAGUACUUGGAGGAAUUUGAUGGCAACUGGGAUGAUGCUUUCGUCAACUGGGUUAAUGUUUCUCAAAGGUCCAAGGAAGAGUAUCGGGCAUCAUUUAAUGGUGACUGGCUUCCUUUGAACUUCGUCAAGAAACAAAAAGGGUUUGCUGCAAGAGCAUCACUUUUGAAGCAAGGUGGUCCAUUAGCUUGCGAAUUGGCACGACAUCCGGUUAUACUUAAUGUCAAUGACUGGAUAUUUUGUCAUGGCGGCCUUCUUCCUCAUCAUGUUGCAUACGGGAUCGAACGCAUCAAUGCUGAAGUAUCGAAUUGGAUGCGAGGUUCAAGUGAAGAUAGUGAUGAUCCGGAUCUGCCUUUCAUAGCUACCAGAGGCUAUGACAGUGUAGUAUGGACUCGCUUGUACUCCCAAGAUUCAGUCGAGAGGACGCAACGGUCUUGGAAUCUAUCUUCUCUUAUUGCUGAACAAACGCUGAAAUCUGUUGGAGCUAAAGGGAUGGUUGUAGGACACACUCCCCAGAAUCAUGGAGUAAAUUGCAAAUGCGAUGGUAAAGUUUGGUGUGUUGAUGUGGGCAUGUCUUAUGGUGUACUGCAUUCGAGACCAGAGGUCCUAGAAAUAGUUAAUGACAGACCAAGAGUUCUAAAGGAACAGAGGGACUCAUACGAUGAGAUGGAAGUGUUGGACUACUUAUGAAACCUUGAAAAUUUCUGUAUAUAAUAGCAAAAAGAAAAAUCCUAGCAAAGUUACCGUAGAAGAGAGUUCUUGGGCUGACACCUGUAAAACUAAAUGGUAAAGGAGGAUAUACAUCUAACGAUGCCAACCAGCCUCGCAUAGCGAAAAGCGUCGGCUGUUGCUGAGUUCUUGCACACAGGAAAAGGGAUGGGCAGAGGCUCUAGACUCCAAGUUUGCCGGUGAUUAUGAGAAAAUUUCCAUAUCCUUCUCCAUUCUAUUUGAAGAGAGCUCUAAAAAUUAUGCGAGAAGACAUGGAAUCGAAUAGACAGGAAAAGCUUGUACUCCCUCCGUCCCUAAAAAAGCUGCUCAACUUCUGCAACGGAGAGAGGAGGGAGUACAUCCCUUGGCCCCUCGGGUAACAAUUGUACAAUAACAGAAUUAGUUUUAUUUUCUAUAAUGUAGCAAACUUCUAGAAAACCCAAUUACAGUUACUUUCUAGUCACAGCCGUGAUGCAUGUGACCUUGCACUGUAUAGUGUAACAUCAAAGUACAUAAGAAACUGAUAGAUAAUUAUACGUGCAAAAACCUUUGUCUA